AUGAAGCAGGCAGAUAAGAAGCGAAAUCUGACAAAUAAUGAAACAAAACGUUCUACAAGGGUCGUAAGCAGAGAGAAUAAGCUGCAACAAGAAAAGCCAACCAAAACUUUAAGAGCAAAGGAAGCAGAUAAGAAAGCUUCAUCUGCCAGAGUGAAUUCCAGUACUGUGGUAAGUGACAUAAAGAAGAGUGCAAAGCCCUCUGAAGUUUAUGAAAAAUUGGUUGAGGCGGCAUCUCGAAAUUCUAAAGGCCUUCAAGUGGCUAACCAAGAGAGCAGAUAUACAUAUAACAAACCCUCUACAGAUUUAAAUAAGGAACCGAAUGAUGGGAGGGAAGAAUCAGACUCUGAAACGGUGACUGAUUCUGUAUCCUGCAGUGGAGAUUCACGGGCUACUGAGGAUGAUUUACAUAACUUACAGAUUAAUACAUCAUCUAAUAUCUCCAAGAAAACAAAAAGAUAUACUAAAGAAUCUCCUAGUAGCAUAGCCAAAUACUCUGUUGGUAACAACUCAAAAGGUAUGAAAGUUCAUCCAAAACCAUCAUCAACUCCUUCAUCCAUAUCCUCUGAAGGAGUUGAUAACCAAGAUUCUGGAGAAUCAAAGGAAGUGGAUAUCUUGGAUGAGGCCUCAAAUGGGAUACAAAGUGUUGGAAGUGAUGGUGAAAUACUUCACACUGAGGAGAACUCACACCAUGAAGCGAAAGAGGCUUUAUAUCGAAAGAUUACACAAAUGAAAAUGAGAAUUGAGAAGCUUGAAGGGGAGCUAAGCGAAGUUGCUGCUCUCGAAAUGUCUCUCUACUCUGUAGUACAAGAGCAUUGUAGCUCAUCACACAAGGUGCACACUCCUGCUCAGCGCCUUUCUAGACUUUAUAUUCAUGCGGGCAAGCAUUUCUGUAAAGGAAAGCAUGCCUCAAUUGCCAGAAACACUGUAUCAGGGCUUGUUUUGAUUUCAAAGUCUUGCGGGAAUGAUGUUCCAAGGUUGACUUUCUGGUGGUCAAACAUUAUUGUAUUGAGGGAAAUGGUUACCCAAGCAUUUGGAAGUUCAUGUCAAUUGAGUUCAUCGACAACAGAAUCCAAUAAGCUUGACUUCAUGGAGUUCAAUGAUGAGUGGCAAGAAACAAGAACCUUCACAUCAAAACUUGAGAAAGUUGAGUCUGGGAUCUUUGUACGAAUAGUCGAAUCUAUAUGGUGGCAGACCUUGAUGCCUUAUAUGCAAUCUCUAGCUGCUGAGAAAAACACGAACAAAACUAUAGGGAAAUUACUAGGACCCACUUUGGGUAUCCAGCAACAGAGCAACUUUUCCAUUAAUCUAUGGCAAAAUGCUUUCCACAAUGCUUUCAAGAGACUUUGUCCUGUUCGUGCAGAGGGGCACAAAUGUGGUUGCCUCCCAGUGUUGGCAAGAAUGGUGAUGGAGCAGUGUGUUGCCAGACUUGAUGUGGCUAUGUUCAACGCCAUUCUCCACGAGCCUGCCCAUGAAAUUCCAACUGGUCCAGUAUCAGAUCCUAUCACUGAAUCCAGAGUUUUGCCUAUUCCAGCUGGGGAUCUAAGCUUUGGCUCGGGGGCACAACUCAAAAAGGCAGUUGGCAAUUGGUCUAGAUGGCUCACUGAUAAGUUCUCAAUGGACGCUGACGAUGAUGAUGAGCUUGGGGAGACUAGACUUGGUGAACUAAAAUGCUUCCAUCUUCUUGAUUCAUUAAGUGGUCUUCUAAUGGUACCCAAGGACAUGCUUCUUGACAGAUCAAUCAGAGCUGAGGUAUGUCCAUCAAUAAGUCUUUCGUUGCUUACACGAAUACUAAGCAAUUUUACUCCAGAUGAAUUCUGUCCAGAUUCAGUUCCAAACACAGUAUUGGAGGCACUAGAUGCUGAGUCCAUGACCGAGCGUAGAUUAUCAAAAGACAAUUCCAGCAGCUUUCCGUAUGCAGCUGCAACGAUCAUAUAUAAUAAACCUCCUUCCUGUAUGGAGAAAGUUUCUGGAUUGAGCAUAAGAGAGUCCGUUAUCCAGACGAAAGAAUAUAUGAGUGAUGAGGAAAUUGAAGAAUAUAUAAUCGAAAACGCCCGUGCAGUAAAUGGAAAUGCAAGGUACGAUCUUCUUCGUGAGGUUUGGUCACCAUGAGACUUGUAACUCAACAAAAGGAAAGAAAAAGCAGGAUUUAGAUGGAUAAAUUACUGGUUUUUUGGAUUCAAAUCAAAUGCUGUUCUGAAAUCUAGGAAUUUGGGUAUGAGGGAAGAGAUUAGUUCUAAAACUUGUGAAUAGGGGUUUUGGAUCAAAGA